AUGAAUGAUCACUACACAGAAGACAAUAAAACGGUGUUAAAUACCGUUAGUAUUAAUGCUUUAAAUAAUUCACCAAUUGCGUUUCAAGAUGGAAAAGUAAACAGUAAUAGUAAACAGAAUGAUGAUUACAAUGAUGAAUCUACAAUUGAUGCCCUACUGUUCGCUGCUGAACAUGGGCAUUGUUCAACUUUAAAAAAGAUAAUUGAUAGAUGGCUUAGUUUAAAUUAUGUUGUUAUACAAGCUAGAGGGAAUGCACUACUGUUACCUCCUGAGAUUGUUCAUGUCAACGUUGCACAACUUUUAAAAAAAGUCGGCUAUGAUCUUAAUGCUGUAGGCAAUAAUGGAUUGAAUGCCUUAAUGUUGGCUUCUCAGAAUGGUCACACCGAUGUUGUUGAGCUUUUAAUAGACAAUGGAUGUGAUGUAAAUGCUUCUAAUAACCAAGGAAACAAUGCUCUAAUGCUGACCUCAGGUAGAGGACAUAAGGAAAUAGUAAAGCUGUUGCUUAUAGAAGGUAGCUAUAUUAAUGCUGUUAACAGCUAUGGGUGGAAUGCAAUAGUCUGGGCUGCCACAAAUGGGCACGACAAAGUUGUACAACAGUUAAUUAAAGGUGGAGCUAAUAGCGGCUGUGCUGUAAAUGCUGCUAAUAAGAAUGGAACCACUGCUCUAAUGCUAGCCUCAGGUAGAGGACAUGAGGGGACGGCAAAGCUAUUGCUUACAGCAGGCAGUAAUGUUAAUGCUGUCGACAAAGAUGAAUGGAACGCUUUAAUAUUUGCUGCCGCAAAUGGACAUGACAAAGUUGUACAGAUAAGUUCGAAUGAGGAGAUGGAGAUGGCUGGGCCAUGUCCUACGCAUGAACAAAAGAAGGCUCCCAAACAUGGUGCUGAAGUGGACUCCGCCUGGAAAGCGAAAGAGAGGAAGGCCACUGGGAACAUGAGAGAGAUGGAAGAGGAAGUGCAGACUACUGGCAAGACCUAG